AUGGAAUAUCUUCAGCGACUAAUGAGACCAGGAGAAAACCAGGGAUUCAGGCCCAUACCUGGGACUUUUUCAGAAAACGAGCGACCAGCGUCAGGGGAAACGCCUGAAAAUACAGACAGAACAUCGUGGAAGAAGGUGGCCAGAUUGUGCUUAGGAGCUCCGCUGCUCGCCAUUUACUACCUCAUGGUUGUUGUUAUAUCUUUAAUGAAUAUACUGCGACCUUUGAACAAACUGUGGUCUUUUUAUGAUCGGAAGAACAGAGCUGUCAACCACGAAGAUGCAUUUUCGGCCCUGAUGGACAAUUUGGCUUGUGAACAUAGUUCUUCUGUUACGAAGAUGGCCCCAGAAGAGGCGAAUUUAGAUCAUUCUUUUAGUUUUGCGUCCAUUUAUAAAUCAGAAGAUGGGACGUUGUUAUCAUCUCUGCGGCCCGGGUAUGCCAAGUUACUGCAAUCUGCUUGGGACCAAGGGAAGUUUGGCAUCGUGUAUUUGCACGAUCCUUUGCUUGAUAACUGCGGCCAAUUUCUGGGCCCGCUAUGCUCGGAAAAGUUUGUGAAUCUAGCUCGACAAUACCAAGCAUUGAUCUGGAUGGGGGAUAUCACAAAUUUAGAGGCGUUACAAGUUGCUAAUAGUCUUAAAGUCAGAAAGCUACCGUUUUUGGGUCUUCUUGCCCCUAAGGCUGGCAGUAAGAUCCAACUAAUUGAUUCAAUCGAGGGAGAACAAUUGGAGUUCUCACUGGCCUCCCUCGAAAACAGUAUGGCUAAAUAUUACCCUCGCCUCAUCUCGCUACGGCAACAACAACAGAAUUCAGAGCUUAAUCGUCUUAUGCGCCAACAACAAGAUGCCAGGUUUCAUGAGUCGUUACGGCAGGACCAAGAACGCGACCGAAUCAGAGCAGCUGAGCUGGCUAGCGAAGAAAAUCAGCAACGUGAGGAAGCGCUCAAGCAACAGUGGCUUCUGUGGCGUAAAUCUGUGCUUGUAGAUGAGCCAGUAAGGGCAGAUAAUGCUUGCAGAGUUGCCAUUCGAAUCAUUGAUCAGGGGCGCAUUGUGCGCCAUUUUGACCCAAAUCUACCAAUUGAGGAGAUCUAUGCUUUCGUUGAAUUGACUCGGAUGGGUCUCAUGAACGAAAGUCGAAAUGACUCACCUGCCUUUGGAAGGCAGCCGGAUUAUGAGUACAGGUAUCCUUUCAAGCUGAUUACCCCGGUCCCGCGUUGCGAUCUUGAUCCUCAAGUGCUGAUUCGUGAUGUUGACGCGAUUUUUCCGUCCGGAAACAUCGUUAUGGAGUUGAUUGCUACAGAUUGA